CGUGCUGCAGUUCAGACCCAAACUUUUUCGGAACACUUUAUCAAAAUUCUUAAAAAUUUCCCAAAAUGAAAAAUUUAAACCUUUUGGCUCCCAUUUCGCACUUCGUAAAGCCACUUCGAAGGCAAAGUGUUUCGCGUGUUAACGCUCUUUUAAUAAAUGUUCCAAGAGUUCAGAUUUCUCAAGGAAAAAAUAAUUACCUCCUGAUGGUGAUCCACAUGCACGGUUUAACAAGGUUCGGUAGAACUAUCGUUCGAGGAUCGGACACCAAGGAUCACGAGACAAUUUUUGAAGAAACAAAAGAGGAAAUGGACGAAAUUGGCAUAUGUACAAAAUGCCUGGGUGGAGGGUUCAUCAAAAACAAGGAAGAAAAGAAAUUCAUCAAAAUUUAUGGUUGCUGCAAGACCUUUGGAGAAGCGCCCCACGGCAGGACAAAGGACAUAUUGCUGUCGUGGACCAAAUAUCAACACUUUAAUAUCAUCUUGCCCAAAAAAAAUUUAAAUGCGUAUGAAGAAUAAAUUGGAAAUAAGGAAGGCUUUUAAAA